UUUGCGUGUGAAUUUUGUUUUCAUUUGUUUAUUUAAAUAAACACUUAAAUCAUGGAUAUUACACAAGUUUGCCGGAUUUGCGCAAAUAAAAUAAAGGACAAGAAGCGCGAGAGACAUGUGUUCAAAUACAUGCGUGGAAAGCUGUUGUGCCAACUCAAAAUGAUAACUGGAGUCGAGCUGUCUACAGAUGAAGGCUUGCCGCAGUUUGUCUGCGAGCGGUGCUUCUCCGAACUGGAUCUGGCUGUGAAGUUUCGCGAGCGUUGCAUCUUCUCACAAAAGUACUUGCUGGAGAUGGUCAAGAAGACCACUGAGGAGGAGCGCAAGAAGUACGUGCCAACGGAGCUGCAUGAACAAUUGAUUGACGCGGACCAACUGGAGCCACCCAUUGAGGAUGAUGAAGUUUGCAUGGGCUUUGUCAGAGAAGAUGACGACGAGUUCACUUCCGAAGAGGACCCCCAGGCGGCGAUGCUUGUCGCAGCGGAAGAGGCGCACAAGGCUGCGAUAAAGGAAGAGCAGAUGAAUCGCGCAGCGAAGCGAUGCCGUAACUUCUUUAUAUGUGAGCAAUGCGGACAGUUCUACGAUGACGAAUACUCGUACAACGAGCACUUGGAUGCGCACCAGGAACGCACGGAAAUGAAAAUGUUCUUUCCAUGCACCGAAUGCCCCGAAACCUUUACCAAGAAGACUGAUUUGAAGCAGCAUCGCACGCAGUCCCAUAAUGGCCAGCGCCAAUUUAAGUGCGCAACUUGUGGCGAAGUCUUCGUUUCAAUGGGCGCCAAGCUACGCCAUGAAAAAGCCCAUGAGAAUGAACGCCCUUAUCCCUGUCUGCAGUGCGGAAAGAUAUUCACCAGUGUAUCGGAACUAAGUGAUCAUCAUGCCAUGCACACGGCCACCAAGAUGAAAUUCAAGUGUGAGCCUUGCCGCAAGGAUUUCAUGACCAAACCGCUCCUGGUGGCACACACCAAAACGAAGAGCCACAAGCGCACUCUGAAACAAAUUGAGGAUGAAAUUGAUUUUAUAAGUGACUUUGACAGUGACUAAUCUACAAUUUAUUUAAUUAUGGACUUACAAGAGCUGAAUAAUUAUAGUUUAUAGCUCUACUUAAAAUUAACAAAACAUUGAAUUUUCCUGAAAAGUAUUGUUUCUUGUAUAUUGUCAUUUGAAUUGUUUUCCCCUCUAAGAAUCUCUUUAAGAGUCGAGGUGUGUAAUUUCUUGAAUUCUAAGUGGAAUUAAAUUUAGUUGCCACAUACAUACUUAUGUAUGUAUAUUAAUUAUUAAUUACUUAAAAUAUUGUUAAACCAAUUCUCUAAAGCAUAUCAACAAAUGGCUUAAUGGGACUAGGACUAGACUAAACCCGAAAGAGCUUUUAUAGAACGCGCCUGCGCACUGUUUUUUCCACCUUAUCAGCUUUGAAUGAUUUAUAAAGAGCGCUGGCAAUGCAUAUUCCGAGUAUUCAACUGGUAGUCAACACAUCGGCAACCUCGGAUAGAACCAAACCAACCAUAUAACAUUGUUAUACAUACAGAUACCAGAGCCGAGUGUUUGUAGCAGCUGGCGACCGGAAAAAUCAAUAAACUUACCAAACUUCUA